GCAAACAUAUUCUGUAUUUAGAUUUUUAGGAUUUCUAAAUGUAUGGACCAUAUAAGAAACGUUCCAUACAAAUAAUUUAAAAAAAUCAAUUGUCUUAUAUGGAUUUAUUUUAUUCCUCAAAUGUUGCCAGUUGUGCUCUCUCCAUGUUGAUGUUGAUUUCUUUCAGGAUUAGUUUUGAUACUAAGUGGGUGUCUAUUGGCAACUGUUUCAUACGUCCUGUUCAUUGAGCUUACAAUGCCCAGAUGGACUAUUCAACUGGAUGACGACCAUCCACUCAUGAGGCUGACAGGGUGCGGCAAAUGCGGAUGCAAAGUUGGAGAAAAAAAGCAUUACAUCAUGCUGACGAUCCCACGAUCUGGCUCCACAAUGCUUCAUAAUAUUAUAUGUCAGCACCCGAAUAUUAGCUGCAUAGAUGAGCCUCUUCAUAAAAAGGAGCUGAAACCAAGGGGUCUGUUUGGAGACCCCAUAGAUAGUAUAAUGCAACAUCUGCAUAAAAGUGUGAACAAGCUAGAUUGUUAUCAAAUGCAUGGUGCCAAAAUCUUCACCGAACAUUUGAGUGACGCCAACAUAUCUCUGUAUGAUGUCAUAAAGACAUUGAAGCAACCAAAGAUAGUUCUGCUAUACAGGAGGAAUAUCCUAGACUCAUUUGUGUCAUUGAAAAGUAGUCAACAUUCUAGAAUAUGGAAUACAUUCAAAUCGGAAAGUCCAAAAACAGUUCCAUUCAAUGGACCAAAAAUGAAGCCCCCACCUACUCAAAAUAUUUCUCUGUCGUAUAAGGAAUUUGAACACUGGCGGAACCUGAUGAAGGUAACUUGGAAAAAACCAUUGAAAGUGUUCCACAAUUACACAAACCAUUUGAAAACUGUUGUAACCUAUACUGAUAUAACUGAAAAUGGACACGAGACGAUACCUAAAUUAUUCAAGUUUUUAGGAUUUGAAUCUGAAUAUUUUGAACCGUUAACAUUUAAGCAGAAUCCGCAUUCACUAGAACAGAAAAUACCAAAUUAUUCUGAGUUCAUGACACAAUUGAAGGAAAACAAUAUAUCUAUGUAUUUGGAUGUUGAAAACAUCAAUGUUUGAAAAAUGUAUUUUCACAUGUUAAUAAACCAGAUCCAGUCAUACACAUGGAUAUGUAUAUAUACGAGGCAUUAACAUGACAAAAUGCCACCAGAUGGUUUCGAUUAAAAAUGAAAUUGUUACAGACGCUGAUACGUUGAUGACAAACAUUGGACUUUAUAACAACAAUAUGUGAACAACUUCAUGAAAGAGACAUACAAUCAAAUGCAUGUUGUCAAGGCAAUUAUCAGAACUCAUUGCCAUGGCAACAAUAUUGUCAAUAAAUUUCUUGUGUUCAUGAUAAAUACAUGUAGUUAAGUCAAACUUAGCCAAAAUGGACAAAAUUGCCCAUUUAACUAGCUAAUAUCAUGAAAUAUUAUUUGUGUUGAAUGCUUCCAGAAAAUGGGGGGAAAGUAACAAAACGGAAGAGUUAUGUUUGCUCCAACAAUGUCAUUCUUAUGUCCACAAAGUCGUAUGACUUAUAUGUUAUGUUGAACUGGGCUACUUACACCAAAAACACUUAAUAUAAUUUUUCAAAUGAUGGCUCUAUAUGUGUGCCAAAUGUAACUUUGAUAUUUUAACUCCAACUUUAUUGUACACCUGUACAUGUAAUUCUUUUAAUUAUGGUUGAAUAUGUGUUGCAUGUGCCUACCUGUAGGUUGGGGCUACUAAAUGCUGUGCUGACGUGAACAGCAAAGACCAAAACAGCGACACAGCAGCAUACAAUCAGGUCAGAUUUGAGGCGAUCAUAC